CUUUUAUAUGGCAUAUCAAAAGAGGGAAGAGCACCCAGGAAACCCACCUUCAAUGUAUUAUUCUGUGUUCUUCUGCCCGCAGCAGUGGCCAGGUUUCAAUUAUGUCUACGAGAAAAUCAGUUAUCAGUGUUUUGUUUUUAUGAAAAAAAAAUUAGCGUCUUCACUGGUGGAGUGGGAAGAAGCAGACAAACCUGCCUGCUUGCAUUCCUUAAGAAAAACUGCCUUCUACGCCGGCGGACUCAUCGCCUCGGAAACAAGCGUCGAAGUUGCGAAGUGAGCGGAGCCUCCUCUUUGUCCGCGGGACACCGGUGCGGAACGUCUCGUGCUUCAAAUUUUGCAGCUGCAGUUUAGUACUGGUAGCUGCCAGAUCGAAAGACAUGAAAGUUCACAUCCUGUUUGUUUUGGUCUUCACAAUAAACUUCUGCUCACCUGCCAAAAUAUUGGUGAUUCCUCCUCCACUGUUUGAAAGUCAUCUGCUUAUUUUUGGUCGAAUUGCAGAGAUACUAAAGACAAGAGAACAUGAAGUUGUCUUCUUACUCCAUGAGGGACGCGAGACCUCAAUCUCCAUGUCAUUCAAGACCCAAAAGUACAAUGGCAUUUUAUCUGGACCUGAAUGGUCUGAUUUCCUUCAGGAGAAGCUCAAACGUAUUUUUGCUGGUCACAUGACCUCUCUAGAACUGUUUACAAUCCUGGAGCGAUACAUUGAAAACUGUGAUAUGAUAGCUGCCAACCAGGACCUUCUUUCUCGACUAAAUGCAGAGUCCUUUGAUCUUCUGGUGUUGGACCCCAAUGAGAUGUGUGGUUAUAUUGUUGCAAACUUUCUUCAUGUUCCUUACAUGGUCCUUUCUACAGGUCACUGGUUCCCAGCUGAAAUUGGUGCUCCAUCCCCAUUGGCAUAUGUGCCCGAAUUUAACUCUCAGAACUCGGAUCGUAUGGGUUUAACAGAUCGGAUCUGGAACGUGCUAGUGUAUGUAGUGAGCCGAAUUGCCACCCACUGGUUUAUCCUUCCUGACUAUGAGGCAGUGAUGAGGAAGCAUGAUGUGAACAGCACCUCUCAAAAGAGCAUGAUGGACCUGAUUCGUUGCACAGGGCUCUUUCUUCUAACCUUGGAUCAUUCCUUGGAUUUCUCUCGACCUUCUCUUCCAAAUGUCAAGUUUGUGGGGGGUAUCCUUACUGAGCCUGCAAAACCCCUUCCUGAGGAGCUCCACUCCUGGGUGGAAGCUGCCAAGGAUGGUGUUGUUGUGGUGUCCUUUGGCAUCGGCAUACAGACACUUCCAAAGUAUUUGGCAGAAAUUAUGGCAGCUGCCUUCUCUCGGCUCCCACAGAGAGUCAUCUGGAGGUAUUCUGGAGACAUACCUAACAGUCUGGGCAGUAACACCCGCAUCAUGGGCUGGCUGCCUCAGAAUGAUCUCCUAGGACAUCCCAAUGUACGAGUAUUUGUAAGCCACUGUGGCUUAAAUGGAGUCUAUGAGGCAAUCUUCCAAGGGGUUCCAGUUGUUGGCAUCCCCUUCUAUGGCGAUCAGUAUGACAUUGUUACACGGGUCCAAGCCAAGGGUAUGGGAGUUAAGGUGGACUGGAGAACACUGACAGCAGAGAGCUUCUACCAAGCUAUUCAUACAGUCAUUGAGGAUCCCAGCUAUAAGAAGACAGCGAUGCGUAUGUCACUGAUUCUUCAAGAUCAUCCUCUGCAUCCCUUGAAUGAGACUGUCUACUGGAUUGAAUACCUCCUGAGGCACGGGGAUGCGCCACACUUGCGUCCUGUGGCCUACAGCCUUUAUGACUAUCAAUAUUAUCUUUUGGAUGUCCUGAGUGCCACUGCUCUUUUGACUCUGUUACUUGUCUUCCUCUUGAAGAGAUGCAUAGUUAGGAUCUCUCGGAAGAGACAUCACAAGUACCAGGAAUGCCCAAAUGCUGCAAACAGGCAUUUUGGCAACCAGGAAAAUGGCCAUAUUAUGAUGAACAAGAAGGAAAAAUAGCUUUUACCACCCUCAGUAUGAUGUUGCUAUAUAAUUUAGUGUAACACUUGAACCUUCCAAGAGUGAAGUUUUCUCGGAAAGCUGUCCAGCCAGGCAGCAGUGCUCUUGGAAUCGAGCAAGGCCAACAUCAGAGUAACCUGGAGCUGGAAACUAACUUUUGUAAGAGCUUCUCCUACUGUUUGGCGUGUUACUGUAUAAGGUCUAGAGAUGUGUUUUGAUGCAAAGACUACCUCAUAUAUUGUUAGACCAGAGACAAAGCACUACUGUGGCACAGAAAGAGCCGACAAUGUAUUAAUAGUAAACAAUGCUUUUGCUCUUUAUUUUAUUGUUGUUACACUGCAUUUUAUAUACAGCAUCUUAAGUGAAUAAACUUUUAGGUUUAUGACCAAUCCUUCUUAUCUGCUGAAAUCGUCAAGCACUGUAGACUGAGCUUGGAAUGACGUGAAGUUUUCUAGUGACUUUGUGCUUCUACAACUUGGAUGGAUGCUGAAGAUAAUAAAUGCCCAUCUGAAGGUGAAGAGACCGAAAGAAGAUCACCAAUCCCAGCCUCCACAUUGGUCUGUUUGCAGACACCUCCCCAGACAUGCAACUUAGUUUGAGUGUCGCUUCAGCAUACACUCUAGGUUAUUGGUUUAAGUAGCUUUAUGAUUACUUUGAUUAAUUUAUGAAUGCUAAGCAGGCAGUUUAUCUUGAAUUUCCUUUUCAAGUAUGUAUAUGUGAUUGGAUUUAGAGACUUACUUGAUUAAGUCUCAGUCCAUCCUUUUUUGUUUACCUUACCUGUGUGUAACAUUAAAUGUGUAAAAUCCCAAUUUCAAGACCUGCUGGCUGUAGCAGGCUGUUGCAAAAAAAGGCCCGUGGUUUGGUGAUGGGCACCCCAUUGUUCCAAAUUUGAUGGUGCCUUUGAGAACCAGCCUUAGUGACAUAUGAUAUUUGAGUGACCGACAAUAUUUGUUGUGAACCUUCUAUACUAAUAAAUCAGACCUUUGAAUUUCUAA